AUGGUGCUCUCUGGUAAGCUUAUUAAUGAACUUGGUAUCAAAACAUCCGCAGAAAAGUUUUACAAACUAUUAGCAACAGAAUUUCACGAAGUGCAAGUCCAUUGUGAAAGAAUUCACCAUGCCAAGCUGCAUGAGGGAGAAGACUGGCAUGACACUGAUACAGUUAAACAUUGGACAUAUGUCAUAGGUGGUGAGGUACACACAUGUUACGAGAGUAUUGAAGAAGUUGAUGAACAAAACAAAAAAAUAAUUUGGAAGAUCUUUGGAGGAGAUAUUGAUAAGCAUUAUAAGGCGUUUAGGCUCAUCCUCGAAGUAAGUGAUAAGGCUGAUGGUACUGCUGUUGUUAAAUGGACUAUUGAAUAUGAGAAAAUUAAUGAGGAUAUUGACCCUCCAUAUGGUUACAUGGACUACUUUGGCAAAAACACUAGAGAUAUUGAUGCUCAUCUUAUCAAGGAAGAAAAGGUUGUUGUAUAA